GUCUAUCGGUAGUUUAUUUCAGAACCAAGAAACUCUGCCGGUUAGAAGUUGUAUCAGUAUGUAGAAGGGAGAAAAAGAACGUUGUCGUGCAGUACGCAGAGAAGAAGGGAAUCGUUGUUAAUGAAUGGCCUCUUGAGAACAAUCCACAAGGUUUUCACAUUGGGAUAAUUGUCUCUUUUGGCCAUUUAAUACCAUUAAAUAUUAUAAACUCUUUUCCACUCGGUAUGUUAAAUAUUCAUAGUAGUCUAUUGCCACGAUGGAGAGGAGCAGCUCCAACAAUUCAUUCCUUAAUUAAAGGAGACACACAGACAGGAAUUACAAUUAUGAAAGUGGCAGAAAAGUUUGAUGUUGGAGACAUAGUAACACAAGAAAAGGUAGAUAUUUAUGCAGAUGAAACUCGAUUAGAAUUGGAUAUGAAAUUAGCAAAGCUGGGUGCGAAUGUUUUGAUCGAUGUGAUGGAAAAGUUACCACAAAUAUUAUCUUCCUCGAGACCUCAAGGAAAAAUAGGCAUAACAUAUGCACCUAAAGUUACGUCAAAGACCUGUUUAGUGAAAUGGGACGAGAUGACAGCAAAGAAUGUUUAUGAUCUGCAACGUGCUCUUGUAGGAGUGUACCCGUUAAAAACCAAGUUAGAUGGUGUGACUAUAAAAUUGUUGGAUGUCCGGCAGACGUCAAAGCCGGAAGAUGGAAGAAAUGCGGAUGUACCAGGUUUCGCGAGAUUUGAUCGGAAAAAUAAUGCAUUAGUUGUGACAUGUAAAGGACCAAGUUGGAUCUCGGUAAAGAAAGUAAUUGUGAAGGGUCACUUGGUUAUGAGUGCGCUGGACUUUAGAAACGGAUUUAUACGGGGUAGAAAAAAAGAUUGGAUAUUAUUUCAGAGUAAUAUUACAUAAUCUACAGCGCUGCUUCUGACUCCAACGCUGUUGUUUUGUAAACCUAUGAUUUCAUUUGGAAACAGAUAAUAAACAUUAAAUUUUUAUUUAUACUAUAAUAGUAAAAUUUAACUUAGAAUGUACAAAAUGUAAUAUUAACGCAGUGACUAUUAUGAGAAUAAAAAGUUAUAUAUACUUAUAUAUCAAUGUCUCUUUAAAUAUUAGAUACGAUGAAUUCCUUCUUGCUCAUUCCUGAUUUUGUAAUUUUGCAUUUCAAAUAAUAGCAUACUUGUCUCAUGCGAAAAUAUUCUUUUGUAUAUUCCUUUUAUUUCUUGUUAUAUAAUUUAUUGAAUCUUUUUUUUUUGUAGAAUUGCUAUAUAAAACUACAAAGCAUUAUGAAAAAAAUCAAUAAAAAAAACAACGAGAAAUAAGUAACGCGAACUAUGCUAAGAUUCAAAUAAAUCAGUUUCAAGUGGAAUUUAUAGUAGAUUUUCAUAGAAUUCGUUUUUCUUUAAAUUACAGCAAAGUUUUCUCUCUUCUGUUUCGUAUGUUACAAAAAAACAGAAUAACAUUGAAUGCCUUAUAUAAACGUAGAAUUGGAGCUGCAGAUAGAAAAUUGUUGAAUUAAGUCUCAGUUUCAGAGGCCUGAAAUAAAAGAAAUAUUUUUAUCUAUAAAAAUCUCUUUCUUUUAUUAUGUUUAAUGUGCCAAUGAUAUAUAUCCACAUUGACAAGAUUAAGCGGAAGACACAAAAUGGAGUUCAGAAUCUGAGCUUCAAGACAUUAUCUAGUUUGUGUUGCUGCACAUCAUAAAAUAAAAAUAAAUAUAAUAAUUUAA